CCACAAGACGAGUUGAAGUCAAUGUCCUCUAGCUAACAAGUUAGAAGCACCACACAAUCAUAAAGGGAAUACACUGAAUGAAGCUGAAUUAUUCGAACUUGGAAGGACCAACCAACUCCUCAUCACGAAAUUUCCACAAAAACUACAAUUCCACGUCUUGCAAUCACAUCGCUUGUUUCAAAGUCUUGGAAAUGAAAGGUAACAACAAAAAUUAAAGGCAAAAAUGAAAAUUACGUUGCAGGAACCUUCCAAAUUCCAAAAUAACAAUGAAAUUAUUAGCCCCUCAGACCCCUAUAUGGUUAAUUAUCUUUGUCUUGUUGCCAACAAAUUAUUGAGAACUGCUUCUUCAUCUUCACUGUAAGCUUUGAUAUACCACCACACAGUUCGGUUACAAAGCCUGGAGCGUUGCAUUUUUUACUCACCUUCAUAUCUAAAUUUCUGAUCACUUGUUGAGAUCAUGCCAUGGCUGCUGAACUUGUUGGUGGAGCUUUACUUUUUAGCUUCAUUGACGUUGUCAUUGACAGGCUCCUUACAACUGAUGCUGUCAACUUGGUCUUGGGCAACGAACUUGGCCCUGACUUGGUUGAAAAGCUGAAGACUGCUCUGUUGGGUGCUGAAGCUCUUGUUGCUGAUGCUGAGAUGAAGCAGUUUGGCAAUCCAUCGGUGAGGAAGUGGCUCGAUAAUCUCAGGGAUGCUGUUUACUGUGCUGAGGACUUGCUGGACACUGUCCUCAUCAAAGCCACCACACAAAAGAAGAAAAGUUCUUGCUGUUCCCUUAGCUUCUUCAUCAACCGACAUAGAGAUGACAUGGUAGACAAGAUGGAAGGGGUAGUUAUAAGAAUUGAGGAUCUUGGAAAACAAAAAGAUUUCCUUGGUCUUGAAAAGAUUCCCACUGGUAGCUCAUCAUGGAGGACUCCAACCAGUUCUCUUGUGAGAGGGAAUGUGUAUGGCAGGGAGGAUGACAAGAAGGCCCUAGUCCAGAUGCUGAAUGACAACAAUGAGCAUCACCUGUCUGUGAUAGCUAUUGUUGGCAUAGGUGGGGUUGGUAAAACAACUUUAGCCCAAUGGCUGUACAACAAUCAGGAGGAGUUCAUGAAGGGAUUUGAUCUGAAAGCAUGGGUUUGCGUUUCGGAGAAGUUUGAAGUUGUUGAGACUACAAGGAAUUUUAUAAAGGAGAUCUCUCCGGAUACUCAAUGUCUUGAGCACUUCAAUUCACUUCACCAUGCUUUGAAAGAAAAAUUGUUGAACAAGAAAUUCUUUAUUGUUCUGGAUGAUGUUUGGAGUGAUGAUGGUGACAAAUGGAGUAAUUUUAUGACCCCUUUCCAAUAUGGGAAGAAAGGAAGUAUUGUUCUUCUGACUACUCGCGGGAAUAAUGUUGCUUUAGCCGUUCAAAAUUGUCGCCCUUAUUUUCUCAGGAAGUUGUCAGAGGACUAUUGUUGGUCAAUGUUUGCAGAAAAUGCAUCUUUUCCAGAAUCAAAUGGGAGAGCAGCACUUGAAGAAAUAGGUAGAAAGAUUGUCAGGAAGUGUGAUGGCUUGCCAUUAGCUGCAGAAACACUUGGUCGCUUGUUACGUACAAAGCAUGAUGUUGAGGAAUGGAACAAGAUACUAAUGAGUCAUAUUUGGGGAUUUGCUGUGCAGAAGAGUAAGAUUAUCCCAGCAUUACUGAUAAGUUACUUCCAUCUUCCUCCACAUUUAAAGGGUUGUUUUGUUUACUGUGCAUUAUAUCCCAAGGAUUAUAAAUUUGUGAAGGAUGAAUUAAUCCUUUUGUGGAUGGCAGAAGCAUUGUUAACACCAGAAGGAGGAAAGAGUUUAGAAGUAAUUGGUCGUGAGUAUUUUGAUGAACUAACUUCCAGAUUAUUUUUUACAAAGAAUAAUGACGGGGAUGAUUAUUUUGAUGCACGAUCUCCUGCAUGACUUAGCAAUAUUCCUUGCUGGAGAUUUCUAUUGCAAUCUAGAAGAACUUGGUAAAGAGGAGGAGAUAAGGAUUCAGCCUCGACAUUUGUGUGCAAAUUUAUGUUAUUGUAGCUCAAAACUUCCUAAUUUGAUUUCUGAAGUAAAAUCUUUGAGAACAUUAUUAUUAUUUGGCGAUUGCUCAUCUUCCAACUGCAACAUUGAAGCGGCAACAUGGGACAUAUUAUCAAAGUUUAAAUACUUGAG